ACAAAUUCCAUUUCCACCAACAUGUCUAUAUUCCAUAGCUCUUUGUCAGUUCAUAAAAUCUAUCGCCGGAUCUUGAUAUACAAUGUCCGAGCAAUCCGAGGCACCUCGAGACCGUCCUCACAAUUCCUACCCCUAUGAUACCGGGCUGGUCCGGGAACUGCUGAAGCGGAAGCGCAAAGUCCGGGGCAUCAAAUCCUGCUUUCCAUGCCGGCACCGGAAGGUCAAGUGCGAUGGAGAAUCACCAUGUGAAAGCUGUGUCAGGAGGGGACAUGAGGAGCUGUGUCGUUUUCCAGGGGAGGGAGGAGAUCUACCAGUAGAAAUAGAGAGUGCACCAGCAAAGCGGAUAGCCAAGGGACAUACUUCUAAUGAAGAUCUGAUAAACCGCCUGACAGCCAUUGAGUCGCAAAUAUCCUCUCUCAAGGCAGAUUUGCUCAAAUCAACAGUCUCUUCUCCGUCAGCCCAGGCUGCAACGGAACCAGAGGAAACAAGUAGAACACGUCGCUCUGGAAGUCACUAUGUCGAAGAUGCUACUGGAGCGACUAUCUAUCUGGGUAGCCACUCAGAUUCGCCCCUCGUCUUGGGAUGCCGGCGACAAGCAUCAUUGCCAUUAUCAUCGGCUUCUCCAGAUAUGAUGCUGCACAAUGUCAUGAUGGACCAGGUAGUUCCACGGGCCUAUCCCUUUACGAGUCUCUGGGGUCCAGAUGUAGAUAUCGCGGAGGUUUGUAAAACGCUGCCUGGUGAUGAGGAUGUCAUUCGGUACUGGCAGAUCUAUCAAUCGACUACACACCCCUUCUACCCAGCUCUCGUGACCAUCGACCAAUUCAACAUGUCACUAUUUGACUUCCUCGAUCGACGUGCCGAAGGACAAAAUGAUGCCCACCCUUCCUGGCUAGCACUCUUGUUUGCUGUGCUGGCAUGCGGAGUGCAGUUCUCAGAUGAUGCUGUUCAAGAGCGAGACCUACGCUCGAAGGUGUUUGUCUGUUCUUCUUUCCAGUGUCUGCGCAUGUCCAACUUUUUCAACCAGGCAGAUUUGGAUGAAGUCCAAACCAUGGCGUUGAUUGGAAAUUAUUCCAGGAACAAUCUGGACACAAACAGUUCAUGGAUUUUGAUGGGUACCACGAUGCGCCUGGCACAGAGUAUCGGACUGCAUGAAGCUGAAGAUCCAGUGCAAAAGCAACUAUGGUGGACACUCAUCUGGCAAGAUACUUCUCUCUCGUUUUCAUACGAUCGACCGACAAAUUCCACACCAAAAGUGACCAUUCCAUGCAUCGCGUCAAAUAAUGAGGGUUGCUCUUUUGCAGAGUCCGUCUUUACCAUCUGUCAGAUCAUCCUCGAUCGACGGGAUAAUCCCAAUACUACCACUACCCAAGUAUAUAAAGAGAAGAUGGAAAGCGUCCUCAUCAACGCGUCUCCUUUUCUGCAAGACAAGAAAUACUGCACGAGUCUGCAGAACCACCUCGAACGACUAGCACUGGGCAUUAAUCUCGGCUAUGCUAUCUGUAAAAUCGGACUUCCAUCUGAAAUGUCAGAAACAGUAGAUGAGAGCAUCAUCCAGCACGCCAAAAACGCCCUGCAGUGCUUCAUCGAUCUGCAUCGCUAUUCAGCCCGGGUUUGUCGAUCCUGGGCAUUUGUGCAUAACACAGUCAGCUGUGCGAUUGCAUUGAUGAAUCUGAAUAUCUCAACAGCCACAGACCUGGUGAACAGAUUGAUUGGAGUUCUAGAGAAGGAGCAGAAAGAAUCCGAGUGGUGCGACGGAGAUAUGAAUAAGAGGCAUUUUGGGCCGUAUUCAAGGGCCUUGAACGCGUUGAGAUGUGUACAUGAUAGGAAUCAGUAGAUGGGAUGGCCAUAACCAAUACAAGAACAGUUAAA